AUGAACACUGCUAAAUGUACUUGUCGUUGUACAUGUAAAUUUGAACAAAAUUCAGAUAUGGAUAAUUCACAACGAAAUCCACAUUGUUCAUUACAGAUCUCUAAUAGUGAUACAACUGGUGAUGUCACCACAACUAAUUUCGCAGAGGAACAAAAGAAUAUGAUACUUAAAAUAGAAGCUUAUAACAGGGAAAUUAUAAAAGAGAUAGAACGACUGCAAAUUGAAAGCGUGAAAACUAAUGAUGCGAUUAGCCUUUUAAAAGAACAUUCAAAUAUAACACAAAGUUCCUUCAAAUCGCCUCAGGCUCUUCAAAGAAAAAUAGCUUCAUGCAGUAGUGUUCAUCAUCAUAACGCUAGUAUAUCUGGUUCUAGCACUUCAUCAUCCUGGUGUAAAAAUGACUGUGAACCAUCAUCCGAGGGCUCUCAACAAAUAUACCAGCUGAAUAACGUUCAGUUAACGGAACGCUUGGAAUUUCUCAGAAAUCGACAAUUGCAAUUGAUGUCAAGGAUACAAAGUUUGAAGAAAUCGAGAUUGGUACUUAUGCAACAUAUGCAACAGUUAUAUGGAACACAGAAGAUGAAAGCAAAAAACGAAAACCUUUAUCAAGAGACUGACAAUCAAGAUUGCUAUGAAUUUCGUGAAAAUAUUUCACAUCAUCUCGUUGAUAACACACCAGAUCUCCAUACAACUUCACAAUUAUCUCAUACAAUAAAACAUUGUUCUGACAAUUUCCCAUUGAAUUCAAACAUGGUGAGAUCAUUGGUUGAUCGUGAAUGUCAAACCAGUUUCACUGCAGAAUCAGAGGGAAAACUGAUUAAUAAUAGGUUAGAUCAUGAGUUUUGUUUACCAAAAUUUAUGAAACAUAACUCCUUACCUACUUAUUCUAAUAAUGAUAGUUGUAAUUACGCUGAAAAUGUAAUUUCAAAUACUACAUCCAAUGUUUCAGCAUUGGCAAUGAUAGCAGCAAUGACAGCGGCUACAAUCUUUAAACGAACAUUUCAACAAUCCGUUUGUCAAGUACCUACCACAAAUUCAGAUAAUUUUUAUAAACAGGACUUUCAACAAAAAAAUGAUUCUGCAUUUAAUUCAUCAAUAUCGUCUAUGGAAUCACAGUAUUGGUCACAGUUACGCAAUCGUACCUCUGUCAAGAAAGAUGAUUCAAAUGAAUGUCUAAAUGAUGACUACCAAUUCUACAAUCAGUCUACUUUCAGUCAGCCUUCCUGCAUCAGUAACAGAGCAGAUCUACUUCCACCUCCUCACUCUGCACCAAGUUCUACUUCAUACUACCUAGAUAAUACAGAUCUAUUUCCAUCUAUCUCUUCUUCAGAUACUAAUAAACUACUGAACAGCGGCUUACUAAUUCCAGCUAUAUCACGUGAAAUGACACUAGCGAAUCCAUUAGAAUCUACUUAUUUUCACGAUACGCCAAAAUGCACGAGAAUACCUGACCUUAAUUCAUCCAAAUCUUGUGAAACAGAGCAAAUGAAAGGAUAUGAACGGAAAGAAUCCAAAUCCAAAAACUCCUUAGAUAAUAAUGAAUUGAACUAUAACUCUCGAUUGACAGCUUCCAGCAGGAUAUGUGAAAGAUUUUCUGAUCGUAUAUUACAAGCUCGGCAAGCGAUUGACAAAUGGAAUUUUCAAAAACACUCGAAUGAAAAAUCAGUUAAUGAUCAAUACUAUUCUCAACAAAGUCCUCUGUUAAAUAAAUCAAAUUUUUGUAAAGAAUGUUGCUUAGCUCCCAAUUUUGUGCCUUCAACAGUUUCUUCAAGGACUAAUACUUCUAACGACUGCCCUGUCCAGUGUGUAGCAACUAUUACAAAAAAUAUUUAUCCAGAUAAGAGUCCUCCUAAAGCUACAUUUACAAACUCCCAACCUAAUUUAUCGAAACCAAUGCCAAUUCAAGUCGUUAAACCAGCAAUUAGAAAUCAUGUACAUAUUACAAAUGCGAAUGACAGUAUUAAAGAAUUACCUAUAAAGACUGAUAACCAAAUUAUAGAUAAUAAAGGAAUUCAGACACAUCGUUCACAGCAACAUGAAAAUCGUAGUGUUUGCAAAUACAAAGACAAAAAAGGAAUUAGUGAUAAACGACAAAUUAAAGGCGUGCUGAUAAAUGAAAGUUCAAAGUCUGAAAGAAGUAAUAAAACAAAUAGAAAUUCUAGUACACAGCGCAGUGUAGCAUGGGUUGACGAAGUCUUAUCACAUCCAUUGUCUAACAGUGCUAAACCUGACACAAAUACCGAUUUGACGCCUCAAAGUAAUGUAUCUAAUAACAAUUGUAAUGAGAGACUUAACAAAUAUUCCAACCAAAAUAAUGAUAAAAAUAUAAAUGUAACAAAGCAUAUUGAAACACACCAACCAAUCAAAACAAUAACAUCAAAUGUAGUAACAACUUCAUCACGUCGACUGCUUCCAACUCCAAGUAACAAUAUAAUGAACAUUAAUUAA